ACGUCACGUCACGUCUGACAGUCUGACAUGCUUGAUGCUUAUUUGAUUGGAUUAAUAACAUCAUAACCUAUAAGUUUAUAAGUCGUACAUAACUAAAUAAAAUAACAAUAAUUACAGAUUUUCAAUAAAUUUAUUCUAAAUAAAUACCGGCUAUAUUUGAGGCUAUGGCGAGUCGAGUUCCAUUCCAGAGCACAACGGGUUUUUGCGCCAGGUGCGGCUCCAUUCUUCCUCUAUUGCAGGAAUUUGGUUCUGUAAAAUGCUAUGCUUGCAAAUCCGUGUAUGGGGCUGAAAACUUUAACAACAUAAAAUUUAAAUACACAAUUCACUUUAACACAGUAUCAUUGUUGCCCAAUGAAAAUAUUUUGAAUAUGGACAACCCCGAGGGUCCAGUUGUUGAGAGGAAAUGUCCCAAGUGCGGCAAUGACAGAAUGUCAUAUGCUACCCUACAGUUGAGGUCUGCGGAUGAAGGGCAGACUGUGUUUUACACCUGUACAAGUUGCAAAUACAAGGAAACGGAAAAUUCGUAAAGGAUGCUUCAGAUUGUAUAUUCUAUUUAAUUAUAAGACAUUUCAAA